UUUUUACGGCUAUUUAAAGUUUAAAACAACGAAUUUUUUUUUUUUAAUAAUUUAGUAAAAAUUAAAAGUCAUAUUUUUCUGUGUUACUUUAAUUCUGAUUAUUUUAAAACUGAAGUUUUUGUAUUUUUUUUUCAAUCGUUCCCAAAAUGUUAUUAAACAUUUUUAAAGUUUGCUUGCUAUUAUUUUCUACGAAUAUUUUAAUCAAAGCUUUAACUGUUAAGGAAAGAGAAACUAUUGUGAAUAGCAUACUCGGAUAUCAUGGAUGGAAAAACAUAAAAGAUGUGGAUCAUGUUAUUUAUCAUGGAAAUGAUUUUUAUAUUAAUGAUUUUCUGCAAUUCAAUUAUCUUUUAAGCUUAGAUAAAAAAAUACGUGUUACAAACAUAAUCCUUGGAUGUACCUACGCGAAUUUUCUAAAGAAUGUUUUUCUUGUCAUUGAAAAAUUUGGACAAAAGCCUGAAUGUGCCAAAUCAUUGCUAAAUGUUGUUCCCGAUAUCGUUUCAUUUGUAAUUAAAAUGAAAGGAGCAAUGUAUGCUGUGGACAAUCUGCAUGGUAGUCCUUGGUGGUUAAGUGUAACAAACAACCCAAUGUGUAAUGCUGUGUUUGAAAAAAUAAUACAUUUACAUGCUAUGUUACAGCUAUUGUCAACUGCACCAUGCGAUGAACAACAUUUAUUAAUUACAAACUUUAAUUUUGUUUUAAAGUAUUUUAAGUCACGGUAUGAAGAACUAAAAAUUGAUGUCUCACAUCACUGUAGAUAUGUAGAAAAAAAAGAUAAAGUGUGGGAUCAAUGGUACAAUGAACAUAAUGAGAAUAACCUCCAAAACGAAGGAAUUGAUAUCUGUCAUUUUGUUGAAUGGAAAAUUAAAACAUUAAUUCAAACAACAGUUGAAGAAAAGUAUUUUAAACUUGGAUUUACGUUUAAUUUGGAUACUCAGGAAACUUCAUUGCCAAUAGUAACGGAAGGACAGAAAAACGAUUUGUUAGAUAAAGCUAAUGCUGAACAGUUCAAGUCCCCAGAAAUUGAUUUUCUUUCAAAAGGACUGAAAAGUGAUCUUCCACCCGACAAUAUAUGUAACAUAGAUAAAAAUAAGAAGCCAUAUUUUAUAUUUUUUGAGUAAUUGUUUAUCAAAAAAUAUAUUUCAAUGUCCAUUAAUUAUAGUAAAUUUUCCGUCGAAUUAAAUAAAAUUUAAGAAAUGUAUAUGCCAAUAGUUUAUUAAAACAAAUGAAAAUAAAAAAACCCGUUUUUUGUAAAAAUUAAGCAUCGUGUAAUUUCAUUAUGCACCACGAAAUCGUUGUCAUCUGUCCGAUCACAAUACUAACAAACAGUGUUUUCCUUAGUGUUUCCAUUGUAGACGAUAUAAAUUAUACUUAUGACGAUGAUUAUUAUGUGCGCGUUGUGUUGGCGUUUGUUUGGUUUACCGCGAUGGUGAAAAAAAAAACAGAAAUCGCAAGACUUAUGGCAUGUGUGCACAUAAUAUCCGCGUAUUAACGUUCGGGUGGUUUGAUGGCAACGGCGGAACAAGGGGAUGUUUUGGUUAUUCGGAGGCGGUAGUAGCAGGGGUUGACGAGGAGUGGUAGGGAUGGGAGCACGCACGCCGAAGCCAAUGGCGUAGGGUCGGCCGCGCAAGGGUGUCGGUCGUAAGUCCCGCCCAGCCGGCUGAUGGUACCGGUGCACUUGACUGCAGGGGUGGUUCGCACUUUUCUACACAACGGGCAGUUAUUGAAUUACGCAGGGCCAUCAUUUGAUUUGGAACCGACGACACCGUCGUAUAUUGCGCGCACACUAUAAUCGUAAUCAUCCUCCUGUCCGUCGUUAUGUAACUUAAGUAUUUUCUUUUCCUCUCACUCUCUCCUCUUUUUUUUUAUUAUUAUUAUUUAUUUGUUAUUAAAUUUUCUUUUACUGCGAAUCAUCGGACGCUCUUUUAUAAGAAUAAAUUUUAAUAAUCUAAUAUAUUCGAGUACGUGUCCAAGAAACACACGGCGGGACUUCCGCGGCCACACCGAGGUAAUUACCAUCUGACCGUUUCGGGUCGCAUAAUUAUCCGAAAUCGCCAUUCGACUAACCCGCUGUCUCUCUCUAUCCUUCAUCGUCUGACCGAAACAAUUGGAUUAACACACUGAAAUUUUUUCAACCAAAUUUGUUCUCGGAACGAGUACGUGUAAAGGAAAGCUGUCGAAUUGUAUUGUUAAUUCGUGUCGGUUUACACGUGUGUGUGUGUGUGUGUGUGUACGUAUUUCGAUCGACAGAGAAGCAAGCAACGGACGGUCUCUAGUAAAUGAGAUAACAGCUAGUACCAAAUGGAUUACUCGUACUUGAACCAAGCCAACUUUGACGGGCUGACAGGUGGUACGACGACCGGUAACAUGGAUCACUCGGCCAUGGGUUACGGAGACCUGUCGGCCUGUGGUCAAAUGUCACACGCCGCUUACCGUUUUGGACCUACAGCGGCCGCCGCUUCCAUGGCUAGAUCGUACAACACGGCCAUGGGCCAUCACUUAUCGGCCGCAGCCGCCGCAGUGGCCGGCAAUGGUCACCAUAACUCCGUCUCGUCUUCAGCUAGAGCUGCGGCCGUCCAUCACGCAGUUCAUCACCAAGAUCAUUCCGGCAGAUCAUCCAUGUUCUCCACUGCAAUGAACCUACCGGGUGGUUUGGCGGCGUACAAAAGUCUUCCGUACUCAACUCACGACAGUAUUCUCACGGAAAAACGGAAACAGAGGAGGAUACGGACUACGUUCACUUCGGCACAAUUGAAAGAAUUAGAAAGAGCUUUCCAGGAAACGCACUAUCCUGAUAUUUAUACCAGAGAAGAGAUAGCCAAACACAUUGAGCUCACCGAAGCUAGAGUCCAGGUGUGGUUCCAAAACAGAAGGGCAAAGUUUCGAAAACAAGAACGAUUGGCCCAGCAGAAGUCAUCGUCGCAAACUCAGAACAACAACAGUGCCGUGGACACGACUAGUAUAAAGACGGAACCCAAACAAUGCGGCCAGCAAGUCAAAGACAUCAAACCUGGCACACCUUCCACCCCUGGAAGCAUAUCGUCCAACAACGGAUCUACCGACAUGAAAUCCAUGAAUGGAACAGGCAUUAAAAUGUCAGAACAGCCGGAAGGAGUGAAUAACAAUAAAUGGUUGUUGGGACAGGGCCAAAACUACUCGCAGCUUCACCAUCAGCUUCAACAGCAAUGUGUUGGUGGCGGAGGCGGUGGAAGCGGUGAUGGGUCCGGUAACAAUUCACCGACAUCUUCGUCUUCAACACACAAAAAUGGAUCUACCGUAAUGAACGGCUCUCACAACAUUAAUCACAAUAGUCAUCACCAUCUUUCGCCAUCAUCGCACCAUCAUCACCAACAGUUCGCACACCAUCCGUUCAGCUUAUUGGGUGCCGGCAGUCCUGCCGGUUAUUUACUCGGUUCUGACUCUCUCAAAGUAUCCGGCGGUGCUAAUCAUUUGUUCUAGUGACCAUUACAACGAAACUUCAAUCUAAUUUUUUUCAAGACUUGAGCCUAUUUUCAAAUAUUUUAUUUGACAUCGACAUGUGAUAAAAGUUUAAAAAAAUACAUAUAAUGAUGUAUUGCUGACUGAAAUCGGUAAAAAAUAACGUGAAACAUUUAUAGAGUAUUAUUUUAUCAUUAUUUGCAAUACAAAACAUUAUUGUUAUUCAAUAAGAUUACACUAAAUAGUACAAUAAAAAAUGUCGAGUCAUUUGAGUAUACAUAAUAAGUUCGAAUAUUAUUAUAUCAUAGUAAGAUUAUUUUUUAUUGAGUUCCGAGUUGUCUUUUUUUCUUUUCGUUGUUUUUAGUUGUAUAUUAUUAUUUGUCGUACUUUUUGUUUGUAACUUCCGAAAUAUUUUAAGGAUAAUAGUCGUUUGUAGUAGAAAAUAAUUAAAAUAUACUUAAUAUGUUUACAAUCUAUUAUUUCAGUGCAAUAAUAAUUUUUGAACGCCGUAAAUGUACUUCGGGAUGGAUGCAAAUUUAGUGAUUGAAUAAAAGGCACACGAGAUCGCGGGGGCAGAUCUUAUUCGCAUACACGAAACGUGGUGACUAAUGCCAGUUGAUCUUAGAUUAUUACGGUUUGUUUUGAUAUGGCGCUUUCCACAAGUAGAGCCACUAAGUCUCGUCAAUCAUGGACAAAGUUGACAGACUCUCUUGGUAAACACACAAAUCUAUUAGACCAGUGUAUUUAUAGUCUAUAUAGUCAUAUGCACUGGUUACUGUGUUAACGGUUACUAUUUGUCGGCCAAUAGAGAUGAGCCGCUCUUUGAUAAUCGUUCGACCGUUGAAAUUUGGAAGCAGUCUGUUAAUAUAACAUCCCGACCUACGCAAAGUCCCAAAGUGUUUUAACACUUAUGAAAGGUAAAAAAAAAACAUCUUAACGUUACGAAAUAAUAUUAAAACUCCGAUAAUUUAAUAAUUACUCACUAAUUUGAAAAUAUGAAAUUUUAAAUCAAAUUUUAAAACAAUUUUUUUUUUGGAUUUUUAAUUUUAUAUUAAAUGGUCAGAUUUGUGGGUUCAUACUUAAUAUAUUAGGUUUAAAAUAUAAUAUCCCAAGCAUUUUUUUAAACGUAACAUUAUGUAUUUAAAAAUAUCAAUAUAUGCUCAUUCAACUUUGUUUGCAUUACCAUAAUUCAUUCCGCAUCUAAUUAUUAUUGCACAGUUUUCAAUUUGUAAAACUUUGUUGGCCAACAAAAUGUAACAGAUAAACUAAAAUAUUGGAGAGCUAUAGCCUGACGAGUACCAAAUAUCGAUUUAAAAAUUAUUGGUAUUUUUUAAAGUUUCCUGUUUUCUUUUUCUUAUGGGUUUUCAACUGGAUCAAUAGAAAAAUAUAAUUUCUAUUACAUUAUUACAAAGGGAAAAGUUGUUCCAUUGAACAAUUUCAUUUGACACUUAUCAAUUUAUGGCUCUCAAAAAUUGUAUUUCUUAAAGUUGUUUACAGAGAUUUUAAAAUUUAUUUGAUUUUGAAUUAUUUUUAAUUAAAAUUAUGAAUUUAAAGUAAUAUAUUUAUAUUUUAUUUUAGUUUUCAAAUUAAUUAUAUAAUAAUACUUGUUUGCGUUAGCCUAAUUGUAUAUUUACUCUUACGUGUAUAUAUUAUAAUGUGUAAGUAUUAAUAAAAUAAUUAUACAAGUAUAAAUUGUAUAAAAACGUGACGACGAUUUAAAUGUAAAUAUUUGCCAAAAGAGUAUCGUU